AUGGCUGAAAACACUGGCACUUGCCAGAGUCUGGUUUGCCUGAAUGUCAGCUGUCCUCUGGCACCUUGCCACUAUGCCAACUCUUCAUACAGAAUUCUAGAUGGUGAAUAUCGGAGACCACUAGCCACAGGCACCCGUGACCCGCAGACACCCACCAACCGCCCCCAGCCACAGACACGCGCCACCGACCCAGCCACAGACACCCGCCCCCAGCCACAGAUAUCCACCCGCCACAGACAUCCGCCCCCAGCCACAGACAUCCGCCACCCGCCCCCAGCCAGACAUCUGCCACCCGCCCCCAGCCACAGACGCCCACCACCCGCCCCCAGCCACAGACGCCAGCCCCCAGACGCCCGCCCUCAGCCGCAGACGCCCGCCCCCAGCCGCAGACGCCCGCCGUCAGCCGCAGAGGCCCGCCCCCAGCCGCAGAGGCCCGCCCCCAGCCGCAGAGGCCCGCCCCCAGCCGCAGACGCCCGCCCCAGCCGCAGACGCCCGCCCCCAGCCGCAGACGCCCGCCCCCAGCCGCAGAGGCCCGCCCCCAGCCGCAGACGCCCGCCCCCAGCCACAGACGCCCACCACCCGCCCCCAGACACAGACGCCCACCACCCGCCCCCAGCCGCAGACGCCCGCCCCCAGCCGCAGACGCCCGCCCCCAGCCGCAGACGCCCGCCCCCAGCCGCAGACGCCCGACCCCAGCCUCAGACGCCCAACCUCAGCCCCAGACGCCCGACCUCAGCCGCAGACGCCCGACCUCAGCCGCAGACGCCCGACCCCUUCCAAACACGAGCCACCAACACCCGCUAA